AUUACAGGAGGGUAGGAGAUAAGAUGGGGGGUACAUAAAACCCUCCCCAGCACCACAGCGCUGCUGGGAGUCCACGUACGACCACUCAGUCAUGGCAAGUAAGAAGGCCUCCAAUAAGAGACAGAGGGGAGCACAGAAGUCCUGCUCCAAUGUCUUCUCCAUGUUCGAGCAGUCACAGAUACAGGAGUUCAAGGAGGCUUUUGGCUGCAUCGACCAAGACAGAGACGGUGUCAUCAAAAAACAGGACCUGAAGGAGACCUAUGGACAGCUGGGGAAGCUUAACGUCAAUGAUGAGGAGCUGGAUGAGAUGUUGAAUGAGGGGAAGGGUCCCAUCAACUUCACCGUGUUCCUCACUCUAUUUGGAGAGAAGCUCAACGGCACCGACCCUGAGGACACUAUCCUCGCUGCUUUCAAACUUUUUGACCCCAAUGGGACAGGCUUUGUAAAUAAGGAUGAGUUUAAACGGUUACUGAUGAACCAGGCUGACAAAUUCACAACAGAGGAGGUGGAUCAGGCCUUAGCUCUGGCUCCCAUCGACCCCACCGGCAACAUUGACUACAAGUCUCUCUGUUACAUCAUCACACACGGAGAUGAGAAGGAAGAAUCCUAAAAGAGAAUUAAAACACUGGUUUUAGACUGGAUGUUGGAAGUUGGUUAUUGUUUAUUCACUUCAGAGAAUAAAAUGUGGGCUCUCCAAAAACAUCUCUGUUGAUUGAAAAAUACUCUUUUUGAUAAGUUUGGACUACAACUUUUUACCAUGGCUGUGAUCCCAGAAUAAAAAUCUA